UUAUUUUUGUAGAAAUGGGGUCUUGCUGUAUUGCCCAGGCUGGUUUGAACUCCUGGGCUCAAGCCAUCCUCCUACCUCGGCCUCCCAAAGUGCUGGGAUUAUAGGCAUGAGCCAUGGUGCCCAGCCUUUGUCUUAGUUUUUGGUCCCGCUCACCCGACCCCAGAGUUCUAGAACCAUUCCCUUGGAAAGAAAGGGACUGGUCAGGGCCGGGGAUGGAGAAGUGCUGUGACAGGAGCCCUUUCUUGUAUUUCUUUCUUUCUCCAGCUGGAUCGCCAUACCUACCCUGCAGUCCUCAUCGUCCUGGCGCUGUAGCUCCUCCUCUCCAAGCAUGUCCUCCCCACUGCAAAGAGCUGCCGGAGGUGCCAAGAGGGUCUUGUCUGCGUCUUCUAGUUCCUCUGCCAGUCUACCCUUUGAUGACAGGGACUCAAACCAUACAUCAGAGGGGAAUAGUGACUCUUUGUUAGCUGAUGAAGGCAGUGACUUUGAAGAUAGCUUGAAUCACAAUGUGAAGAAGAGAGCAGCAAAACGACCACCGAAAACAACGCCGGUGGCAAAACAUCCAAAGAAAGGGUCCCGAGUGGUACAUGGUCAUAACCGGAAACAGUCAGAGCCACCAGCCAAUGAUCUUUUCAGUGCUGUGAAAGCCGCCAAAAGUGACAUGCAGUCUUUGGUAGAUGAGUGGCUGGAUAGCUACAAGCAGGACCAGGAUGCGGGAUUUCUGGAGCUUGUUAACUUUUUCAUCCGAUCUUGUGGAUGUAAAGGCACUGUGACCCCUGAGAUGUUCAAGAAGAUGUCCAACUCAGAGAUCAUCCAGCACCUAACAGAGCAGUUUAAUGAGGACUCGGGGGACUAUCCUCUGACAGCUCCAGGUCCAUCCUGGAAGAAGUUCCAGGGCAGCUUCUGUGAGUUUGUGAGGACAUUGGUCUGUCAGUGCCAGUACAGCCUCCUCUAUGAUGGCUUCCCUAUGGACAACCUCAUCUCCCUGCUCACUGGCCUCUCAGACUCACAAGUCCGCGCCUUCCGUCACACUAGCACCCUGGCUGCCAUGAAACUGAUGACCUCCCUGGUAAGAGUUGCCCUCCAACUGAGUCUGCACCAAGAUAAUAAUCAGCGUCAGUAUGAGGCUGAAAGAAACAAGGGGCCAGGGCAGAGGGCACCUGAGCGGCUGGAGAGCCUGUUGGAGAAACGCAAAGAGCUCCAAGAGCAUCAAGAGGAGAUUGAGGGGAUGAUGAAUGCCCUCUUCAGGGGUGUCUUUGUUCAUCGGUACAGGGAUGUCCUUCCUGAGAUCCGUGCUAUCUGCAUCGAGGAAAUUGGGUGUUGGAUGCAAAGCUACAGCACUUCUUUCCUCACCGACAGCUAUUUAAAAUAUAUUGGUUGGACUCUGCAUGAUAAGCACCGAGAAGUCCGCCUGAAGUGCCUGAAGGCCCUGAAAGGGCUGUAUGGCAACCGGGACCUGACCGCACGUCUGGAGCUCUUCACCAGUCGCUUCAAGGACCGGAUGGUUUCCAUGGUCAUGGACAAAGAGUACGAUGUGGCAGUGGAGGCCGUCAGAUUACUGAUACUUAUCCUUAAGAACAUGGAAGGGGUACUGACGGACGCAGACUGCGAGAGCAUCUACCCCGUUGUGUAUGCCUCUAAUCGAGGCCUGGCCUGUGCUGCAGGCGAAUUUCUGUACUGGAAACUCUUCUACCCUGAGUGCGAGAUAAGAACGAUAGGUGGAAGAGAGCGACGCCAGAGCCCAGGCGCCCAGAGGACUUUCUUCCAGCUUCUGCUGUCCUUCUUUGUGGAAAGCGAGCUCCACGACCAUGCUGCUUACUUAGUAGACAGCCUGUGGGACUGUGCAGGGGCUCAGCUGAAGGACUGGGAGAGUCUGACAAGCCUGCUGCUGGAGAAGGACCAGAACCUGGGUGAUGUGCAGGAAAGCACACUGAUAGAAAUCCUUGUAUCCAGUGCCCGGCAAGCUUCAGAGGGGCACCCACCUGUGGGCCGGGUCACUGGGAGGAAGGGCUUAACCUCUAAGGAGCGCAAGACCCAAGCUGAUGACAGGGUGAAGUUGACUGAGCACCUUAUCCCCCUGCUGCCCCAGCUCCUGGCCAAGUUCUCAGCUGAUGCAGAGAAGGUCACUCCCCUGCUCCGGCUUCUCAGCUCAUUUGACCUCCACAUCUACUGCACUGGGCGCUUGGAAAAGCACCUGGAGCUGUUCCUGCAGCAACUCCAGGAGGUGGUGAUGAAGCAUGCCGAGCCAGCGGUGCUCGAGGCUGGGGCCCAUGCCCUCUACCUGCUCUGUAAUCCGGAAUUCACGUUCUUCAGCCGGGCCGACUUUGCCCGCAGCCAACUAGUGGAUCUGCUGACUGACCGCUUCCAGCAGGAGCUUGAAGAGCUGCUGCAGUCGUCCUUCCUAGAUGAGGAUGAGGUAUAUAAUCUGGCAGCCACUCUGAAACGCCUCUCUGCCUUCUACAACGCUCAUGACCUGACUCGCUGGGAACUCUAUGAGCCAUGUUGUCAACUCCUGCAGAAGGCUGUGGACACAGGAGAAGUUCCUCACCAGGUUAUCCUGCCAGCCUUGACUCUUGUCUAUUUUUCCAUUCUCUGGACACUAACCCACAUUUCUAAAUCAGAUGCUUCCCAGAGGCAGCUGUCGAGUUUGAGGGACAGAAUGGUGGCCUUCUGUGAACUCUGCCAGAGUUGUCUCUCAGAUGUGGAUACUGAGAUCCAGGAGCAGGUGAGCACUGACUCAAGUGGGAGCAACAAGGCUUUUGUCUUAUUAAGUGAUCUACUUCUCAUCUUUAGCCCUCAGAUGAUUGUUGGGGGCCGUGAUUUCCUUAGGCCACUUGUCUUUUUUCCUGAAGCUACUCUCCAGUCUGAGCUAGCCAGCUUCCUCAUGGACCACGUCUUCAUCCAGCUGGGAGACCUGGGCAGUGGUGACUCCCAGGAGGAUCAUUUACAGAUAGAGCGGCUACACCAGCGGCGCCGCCUCCUGGCCGGGUUCUGCAAGUUGUUGCUUUAUGGGGUGCUGGAGAUGGACGCAGCCUCAGAUGUUUUCAAACACUACAACAAGUUCUACAAUGACUAUGGUGACAUUAUCAAGGAAACAUUAACUAGAGCAAGGCAGAUUGACCGAAGUCAUUGUUCCCGAAUCCUGCUGCUGAGCCUCAAGCAGCUGUACACGGAACUGCUGCAGGACCAUGGGCCCCAGGGCCUGAAUGAGCUUCCUGCCUUCAUCGAGAUGAGGGACCUGGCCCGGAGGUUUGCCUUGAGUUUUGGACCCCAGCAGCUGCAGAACCGUGACCUUGUGGUCAUGCUACACAAGGAAGGCAUCAAGUUCUCCUUGUCUGAGCUUCCUCCAGCUGGCUCCUCCGAUCAGCCUCCAAAUCUGGCAUUCCUGGAGCUCCUUUCAGAGUUUUCCCCCCGACUCUUCCAUCAGGACAAACAGCUUUUACUGUCCUACCUAGAAAAGUGCCUACAGCAAGUUUCCCAGGCACCUGGCCGUCCCUGGGGCCCAGUCACCACCUACUGCCACUCCCUCAGCCCUGUGGAGAACACAGCAGAUAACAGCCCUCAGGUCCUCCCCAGCUCCAAAAGGAGGCGUGUUGAAGGGCCUGCCAAGCAUAACAGAGCGGACGGCUCCUCGUCCCAGGAAGAAAGUCUGAAGCUGAACAGCAUCCCGCCCACGCCCACCCUCACCUCCACAGCCGUGAAGAGCAGGCAGCCCCUGUGGGGGUUGGAAGAGAUGGAGGAAGAAGAUGGCUCAGAGUUGGAUUUUGCCCAGGGCAGUCAGCCCGUCGCAGGCACCCAGAGGUCAAGGUUCUUGGGUCCACAGUAUUUCCAGACUCCACGCAACCCUUCAGGUCCUGGUCUGGGCAACCAGCUGAUGCGACUCAGCCUUAUGGAAGAGGACGAGGAAGAAGAGUUAGAAAUUCAGGAUGAGUCAAGUGAAGAACGGCAGGAUACAGACAUGCAAGCAAGUAGCUACUCUUCCCCCAGUGAGUGUGGGCUGGACCUCUUAGAUUCUACAGAGCUGGAUGUUGAGGAUUUCUGACAUGACUGGGCCCCUCCCCAGCUUCACUCCCCACCUCAAGGAUGUGACCAUUUGGAAAAGGCAAAGAGAAAAGGAGCAAAAUGAAGCAUUCCCCCAGGCUUCAGCCCUGGGCUCUGAGGGGAAGGAGUUGGGCAUUGUUUUUCUAACCUAACCUUUCCCUCUGGUGAUGUUGGGGUAGAGAAGCUGAGAGACCCUGUCCUCCCUAAUGCACUGUGACCCAGUCCCCCUGCCCUUUUCCUGUUCUGUUUGGAGUGGAGAGGGGCAGCGCCUCUCUGUGUCUAAUGGAAAGAGCCCCUAGUUUCCUGGAUUUUUGGAACAUCUUUCUCAGCCUAUUUUUUGUCCUAAUGAUUCGCUCAAUAAACAUGUUUGAAUCCACACG